AUUUUCAUAUUCUAUCAACAAUUAUGCAUUUUGUAGGUUCAAAUUAUAACCGUUCGCCGCGCCUGGUGCCAUACCCAAACUACAAUAUGAACAGACUGCCGGCUACCGGUCAACCGACCACCAACCACAUCAUCAACACGUACCGGAUAAGCGUGGACAAGUGUGAUCGUUUGUGGGUGAUCGACAUGGGGAUAUCGAACGGCACGAAGCUCGGCCAACCGCAGCUGUUCGUCAUCGACCUGAACACUGAUCAGGUCGUCCGGCAGUUCAUGAUCGCCCAAGACCUUUUGCGUUUGGACGGAAAUACGUGGUUCCCAGGCAUAUUGGCGGACACGGACUCAAAUUCGUGCAACCGUGCGUUCGCUUAUAUGCCGGACAUCGGCGGCGGCCUGCUGGUAUACGACUACUGGCGGAAUACAGUCAAGCGAAUCGAACACCAUUACUUCUACUUCGACCCGCUGGCCACCGUGUUCCACAUCGGUGGUGUCCGGGUUGAGUGGCCGGACGGCGUGUUCAGCCUGGGUAUGUCCGAACGCCACCGGAAUGGCUUCCGGACGCUCUACUUCCAGGCAAUGGCCAGCACCAGGAUGUUCUCGGUGGACACAAGCAUCUUGCAGUCGAACACGAGCGGCACGAACACGUUCGAAGAGUACCRGCAUCUCGGUCACCGCGUCGCUGGAAUGCAGGCCGGCGCCAUGUCCGUGGACGAGUCCACCGGCACCGUUUUCUAUGCGCUCGUCAACCAGGACGCGGUCGGCUGUUGGAACCCGAAGCAGCACGACCGCCUGUCCGCUGACACCUCGGACGUGUUGGCACAGGACUCUGUUACGCUMGAGUUCCCCGCUGACCUUAAGGUGGAUCAAGACUCCAAUCUGUGGGUGCUUAGCGACAGGAUGCCUCGCUUCCGGUUCCAGGUUCUCAACUUUGAYUUGGAAGACGUCAAUUAUCGCGUGUUCAGAGCUCCCGUCGCCGACGCCAUUCGUGGUACGGUCUGUGAAUCACCACGAACCUUGACUCGGCCGUCGUCCGGUCCYRACCAUCCUUCGCGACCUCGRCCUACCACCAUCUCCACCGGUGGAAGUGGAUGGAACACACCGUCUCGAAGGAUGAAUGAUUUUGAUUAGGGUGUUUUGUGAUUUGAUGUUGUGUGUACACAUGCAACGGAAUUUAAUGUAUAUUUUAUUUAUUAUUAUUUAUAUUGCAAGGAGAAAUGAUGUUUUAUUUACAAUCUGAACUUAGGACCAAUAAUCGGUUUUGUGCUAUUAUUUUUAUAAUUGUAUACUAUUUAGAGCAUGUUUGCAUUUUAGAAUGGUUUGAAGCUGUGAAUAAAAUACGUUUUUUAGUUGUAGGUAAAUGUAAUAUUUAUGCGUGGAAAACAAUAAUUAAACAUCACAGUCAUUUAAUUGUCAUAAAAC